AUGAAAAAUACGGUGCGUUUUAACACCUUUGAAGAAGGGGAAGAACGCAAUGAAACUAACUCGAUCUCGGGAAAUCCUAAUCGUCGUAAUCAUGGUAGAUAUAACUCGCAUAUUCGAGGUCAGAUCUUUGUUUUGCUUGGGUUCGAUGAGUUUCGAAAACAAGAAUUAGAAAACGAAAUUUUGCAUCAUGGUGGGAGGGUCUCACCUAUGUUUAGUAGACAGACGAAUUUUCUUGUAACAACUAGUACAUAUUAUAAUAGAAACUUUAGUGAAAUUGAUGAAAUGGUCAAGAUUAACAAUAUACCUGUCAUUUCUGAUGAAUGGAUUUAUACAGCAAUAGCAAGUAAUGAUGUAUACGAGGAUAUCAGAAGGCGUCCUUUGCAAAAUCAAAACAAUGGAAAACAGAAUAAAAAUGAUUUUGAUUGGGACCAAGACUCUAAUGAUUCAGAUGAUUUAGAUAUUAAUAGACCUAUAAUGAAUGAUUUUCCAAAUAUAGGAGAGAAUGAGAAUCCUGAAGAAAUUGAUUCAACUACGAAUCCUACACCAGUAUUAUCUCAUGAUAUGCAAAGUGAGAGAAUGGAAUGGCAGAGCUUUUUGUCAUCCGUGCUUACCGGUGAAGUUAUUAAGUCAGAAAAACGUCGUUUGUCCGGUUCAAAUUCUAAAGCAGCAAAUAUAAGUUCUCAAAUUUGGUUGGGAAUCCGUGCUAUAACGCGUGGUCAUACUCCAGCGGAAGAAAAGUUGAUUAUUGAAGAGACACGACAAUCAAUUGAUAGUGUACUUAAAGAAGUUAUUGAAUUCGAGGUAAAACCUGGUGAUAUACCUGCUCUUGAUCAGGUAGCUGGGAUACUUCAAAGAAUUGAUGCAUGCGAGAAUCUUUAUUAUUCACGUAAAGCAAUGAUGGCCGAUAAACCUUUAUAUAAGUCUCAAGAAUUUCAAUAUAGUUUGGAUGCUCUCAAUUCAUGGCUAACGGUAACUCGUAGUUUACAAACACAACUAAAAAUUCUACAAAAUUGGACAGGGAGUGAUACUUUGGAGAUCACCCGACCAAAAGAAGUUCCAGCUGAUGCAGAAAAUCCUUCGUUUCUUGAACGAAUAUUAAAAGAAAAUAGUUUGAAACAAACUUUUGAAAAACGAACUCUGGCCACGUUAAAUUCUCUUUUAUUAAAAGCAAAGUGUGUAAUGAUUGAGAAUGCUGUUGCUUUUUCUAAAAUGAAAUUACCUCCUUAUAUCAAUGAAUUACGACAACUUCUUAAUUUUCCAACGAAACUUAUGGAAGAAUGUAUGAAAUUAUUACUUACUUAUUCUAGCCGUUUAUCCGAGCCCACCAUUUUAAUGGUUCAGCAGAUGAUGGAAAAUUUACGGAUUUCCCUUUCAUUAGCUUGUCAAAUUAAGCAUCAAUAUCAUGAGCUUAUUAAACCUGCAAAAGGAUGGGAUAUUCCUCCGUGCAUUGAUGAAAAUUAUAAUACAGUUUUGUUAGACUCAUUGAAAUGUUACUUUAAGUUGUUGCAGUGGAAACUCAAAAUUGGAUAUAAGGCCGUAUCCUUUAAAGAAGCAGAAAUCUUAGAAAAUGAAUGGUCAUUUUUAAGUGGUAUAUGUCGUCAUAUUGUAGGAGGUGAUUCUGAAACUGCUAUACAAUUUUGUUCUCUAACAAAUAAAUUGCUUUUGAGUGUCAUGAAUUAUUAUGACAAGGAGCUUGAAUUACCUGAGAAUUAUGACCCUGCUAACAUAACGAAAUGGUAUAAUAAACUUUUGGAAACUGUACGUUUAAGAACGAGGAAAUUGAUCCGAUUUACAAGGUUUAAAAACGCUGCCGAAUAUUUUAUUGAUGAUAACAAUUAUCAAGCUUUUAUUGAUGGAUUAGAACGAACUGGUCACGUUCUUGUGUACCCUAGCACUUUUGAAGUCGAUGGUGUAUGCUUUAUUGUUGAACCAUCGCUUCAGGAUCGACCUCAACAAAUACACAAGUUACUUACUUCUGUUCUCACAUCUUAUGAAAAAGGGCAGGAUAAUUUUGAUGAUGAAUUAAAAGGACUAGAAUACGUACUUAUUUUGUCACCCAGAGUAGAAUUUGUGUGGAAAGGUCAUAAUCAGGCCGUAGAUAUGGAACAGCUUAGUAUUGACCUCAAAACUCCUCGUACAAGGCUAGUUGCCGAUGGUGCUUACCCAAGGUUACAAGCAUGCAAACAACAUUUUCGUAAAGCGGUUGAAGGUUGUGGUAUUGAAGUUCUUUUUGAAACAAGAGCUAAUGUGCCUUGUAUUAAUCGUGAGAUGGCUAAAAUUAAAAAAACCGUUUUCAAAUUCGCUAAUAAAAUAAUUGAUAGCGUUUCGUUAAUUAAGGAAAAAACAAAGGAUAAUGAAUGUCAAGAUUUAAUCGAAAACUGUUUUAGUUUUGCUACUGAAAUAGGUCAACGUUGUUUACGUUAUAUGCAUCGAGAUGCUUUGCGUGCUCAACUAAAUGUUAAAUUAACUCGGAUGGCCAUAGAUUGGGUUAGUUUUAUAUGUGAUCAUUGUAUUGCUACAGAUCGCAAAACAUUUAGAUGGGCCGUUAUUGCAUUAGAAUUUGCAAUGGCAACAAAUCGAGGAAACAACAUUUUAGGUUUAACGGAAAGCGAAUUUUCAAUGUUACGUAGUAAAGUAGGAAAUUGCAUGAGGUUACUUAUAUCACAUGUAGAUAUUAUGGGAGCAAAAUCAUCCUCUGAAGCUUUAGAACGAGAGCGACAAGACAUAUCCGAUCAUUUGGUGCCAUCACCACUUCGACACAUUAACAAUAUUUAUAGUGGUGAGGAUCCUUUAAUCAUGAGAGAUGAAUGGAUGGCCUCAUUAAAUGAAUUGGAAGCUAAACGUUUCGCAAAAGAACAAGAUCAACGUCUUGUAGGUAAAGUUCUUGAUGAUAAUCAACCUGAAAAUCGACCUUUAGUCUUUUUAGCAUCUUCCAGUUCAAACAUCUCCUUACGAUGGCAACAGGGCAAAUUUAUCGGAGGGGGUACUUUUGGAUCAGUUUAUUUAGCUGUCAAUUUAGAUACUGGAGAUCUCAUGGCUGUCAAGGAAAUACGGUUCCAGGAUCCAUCCUCACUUACAACGCUUUAUAAGUCCGUUAAAGAUGAAAUGUCAGUUAUGGAAAUGCUUGAUCAUCCAAAUAUUGUUUCAUAUUAUGGUAUUGAAGUACAUCGAGAUAAAGUAUAUAUUUUCAUGGAGUAUUGUCAAGGAGGUAGUCUUGCGUCUCAAUUGGAACAUGGAAGAAUUGAGGAUGAACGUGUAAUUCAAUAUUAUGUAUAUCAAAUGUUGGAAGGGUUAGUGUAUUUGCAUGAAAACAAUAUAGUUCAUAGAGACAUAAAACCUGAUAACCAUUUGGGCGUGAUAAAAUUUGUGGAUUUUGGAGCAGCAAAAAUUCUUGCAAAAAAUCAAAAAACCAUGGGUAGGACCACAUUGGCACCACCAAACUCCUCUAAAUCCAAUGUUCAUAGCUUAACUGGUACUCCAAUGUAUAUGGCACCAGAAGUAAUAACUGGAGGUGAAAAAGGCCGUAAAGGUUCUAUGGAUAUAUGGUCGUUAGGAUGUUGUGUAUUGGAGAUGGCUACGGGGAAACGCCCUUGGUCAAAUUUGGAUAAUGAAUGGGCGGUUAUGUUUCACGUAGUUACAGGACAUCCAUCUUUACCAGAUUCUUCACAAUUAUCAGAGCAAGGAAUUCACUUUUUAGAACAAUGUUUUAUUAGAUCACCACAACAACGUCCUUCCGCUCAAGAAUUACUAAGUCAUCCAUGGAUUGACGCGGGUAAAGAACCAACUAGUACGACACCGUCAGGUGACUGGCCGAUUAAUGGUAGUAUGGUGAGUACAAGUGGUACUAGCGGAACGAGUAUCUCAAACUCAGCAUCUGCCACGGCACUUAACAAUAGUACUCAUACAAAUCCUUUUAGCAUUAUAACAACGCAAACAGUGGGCUCAACAACGCAGAAUUUAGAUCAAGUUAGGAAUGAAGAGUCAAGACAUUUGUCGCCAUCAUUAUCAGUGGAUAACCAUCAACAGAUAUUUUUGAUAAAAGGAUUACCAUCUAGUACUUCAGUAAUAUCUGUUGAAAGUGAAGGUGAAGUUGGUAUUAGUCGUACUCAUAACUUUGUUGAAAUUGAAAAUAAUAAUCCGGUAGCAUCAGUAAUGUCAAACGGUGGUGAUGAUUGGAGUUUAAUUGGCGGAAGCUUUUAA